AUGAGAUCUGGUAUGAAAUACGUUUUUGCUAGGCUUCGAACAGAUCGGAAUAAUACCGCCCUUCAACUCCCAAACCCCCACCAUGUCUUCGGCCUCGAAAUCCGCGCCUACACCCACCCACGCAUCCAAGCCAUCAUGCUAGGCCUGGUUUUAUUCCUGACGGUAGGAAUGUACAACGUCAUCACCUUCCUCGGCGGAGCGGGCCAACAAACCCAACGGCUCUCCGACAUCGCGAACAUCGCCUUGUACACCGUCUUCACAACGUUCUGCUUCAUCGCCCCGGCCUGUCUCAACUACUUCGGCUUGCAAUGGACGCUCUGGUUCGGGGGGUUCGGGUACGCCGCUUACGCCGCGAGUCUGUGGUGCUAUAACCACACGGGAAACGUCCCGUUCGUGAUCUUCGGGGGCUGUUGGUGUGGAUUGUCGGCUGCGUUUCUGUGGUGUGCGGAGGGCACGGCGAUUACGGCUUAUGCUUCGGAGGAGAAGAAAGGGUUGUACGUGUCUAUCUUUUGGACGAUUUUUCAAUCCGGGGUGGUGAUCGGGGCGGCGAUUCCUGUGGGGCAGAAUUGGAAGUCUGGGGUGGGGAAUGGGAGUCGAGUGAAUGAUGGGACGUAUAUAGGGCUUUUUGCUUUGAUGUUGGUUGGAGCGUUUUUGGGGCUGUGUUUGUAUCCUUGGGAGUUUAUUGUGCGGGAGGACGGGACGAGGGUGGUGUUGUUGCAGGAUCAGAAGACGUUCCGGGAGGAGUUGAUUUCGUCGUAUCAAGUGUGUAGGAGGAAUUGGUGGAUGAUAUUUUUCUGUCCGAUGUGUUGGGCUGUCAACUAUUAUGUGAUCUAUCAAAACAACGACUUCAACGGAGUCUACUUCACCGUCAGAGGUCGUGCUUUGAACACCUUCUUGUCCGGAGCAGUCCAGCUCUUCGCACCCUGGAUCCUCAACCUUUUCACGGAUAAACUGCCGUUCAAGCGACGGAAGCGUGCAUUCUGGGCGGGAGUUUAUGUUUUUGUCGCGUUCAACGCCCUCUGGAUCGGCGGCUACUUCAUCAUGAAGAAGACGAAAUACGGUCUGAAUGAGGAGCAGCGCAUCGAUGUGUAUGAUGAUGGCUAUGGGGUCGCGUGUUUCGUGUUCGUGAUGUACGGAUUUAUGGAUGCCACGUACAAUUGCUAUUGUUACUGGUUCAUGGGAGCUUUGAGCAACAACACGGACGAGCUGUCUGUAUACGCCUCGCUGUAUCGACUGCUCAAUGCCGCAUGCCAGAUCGCUGGCUAUUCCUUGGAUCUAAGUGGAUACUCCAAGGAGUUCAUGUUCGGCACCGCAUGGGCUUUCGUCGCUGCUGGACCAAUUUGCUGCUUACCAAUCAUCAAAUGGUGGAUGAAGGAUACGAACAUGGAGGACCGAGUCAACACGAUCGAUGGCAUUGAGACUCCCGCUCAGGUCAUCAUUACAGACGCGAAACUUCCAGUGCAGUCGGAGCAUUCCUCGGGCGAUGGCGACGUAUGCACAGUGGUACCGCCACAGACUUGA